AUGGGCCAUUCUAGUUCGGUAUGGUCAGUGGCAUUCUCGCCCGACAGCCAUCUGCUGGCGUCCGGCUCCAGCACCCCGCAACGCACUUUAGAGGGCCAUACCGAUUGGGUUCUGUCAGUGGCAUUCUCCCCAGAUGGCCGGCUGCUGGCGUCCGGCUCCAGUGAUCAGACUGUCAAGCUCUGGGUUUCUACUAUGGGCGCCUUGCAGAACACGCUCAAAGGCCAUUCAGGUUCGGUUCGAUCAGUUGCAUUCUCGCUCAACAACCAGCUGCUAGCAUCCGGCUCCAGUGAUAACACAGUCAAGCUCUGGGAUUUUGCCACAGGCACCUUGCUGCACACUCACGAGGGCCAUGUAGAUUGGGUUUUGUCAGUGGCGUUCUCACCCAAUAGCGGGCUGCUGGCGUCCGGCUCCAGUGAUAACACAGUUAAGCUCUGGGAUCCUGCCAAAGGCACCUUGCUGCACACGCUCAAAGGGCAUUCGGGUUAUAUUUGGUCGGUCGCAUUCUCGCCUAGCGGCCGACUGCUGGCGUCCGGCUCCAGUGAUAACACAGUCAAGCUCUGGGACCCCACCAUGAACGACUUGCAGCACAUUCUUAAGGACCAUUCAGGCCCAGUUCGAUCAGUCUCGUUCACGCGCGACGGUCAGCUUAUGGCGUCCAGUUCCAGUGAUAACACAGUCAAGCUCUGGGAUUUUGCCACAGGCACCUUGCUGCACACUCUCGAGGGCCAUUCAGGUUCGGUGCGAUCAGCCGCAUUUUCCUAUAAUGGAGGGCUACUGGCGUCCGGCUCUGAUGACCAGAUAGUGAAGCUCUGGAAUCCUGCCACGGGCGCCUUGCAGAACUCUCUCAAGGGCCACUGGGGAACCCUACAGCACACUCUCGAGGGCCAUUCAGGUUCGGUUCAGUCAGUGGCAUUCUCGUUCGACGGCCGGCUGCUGGCGUCCAGCUCCAGUGAUGAGACGGUCAAAUUCUGGGAUGCCGCUACGGGCGCCCUGCGGCAGACCUUAAAUGUCAAAGAAGUAAUAACUAGCCUGGAAUUUUCCAAAGAUGGUUCACACUUAAACACCAAUCUAGGAUCCCUCACAAUUCGAUCCUGGUGUGACAAACAUACGUGCGAUACACCUAAUACCGACGCCAACAUAUUUCUACUCGAGGGUCAGUGGGUAACGCUUGGGGGCGAAAAGGUACUACGGCUUCCUCCCGAGCAUCGGCCCCAUUGUUCGGCAGUCAAAGACAAUACUCUUAUCUUGGGACAUGCAUCUGGACGGAUUUCAUUCAUCGGCUUCAUGGGUUAG